AUCACAUCAAAACAAACCGCAGAAGCGUAGAGUAAUCCCAUCGCAACAGAAGGAAGCGGCUCGGAUACUUGUUUUGUCUACUGUUGUGGUAUCGGAAAAAGCAAUAGCAGUUCAAUCGGGGGCCCUGGAAAAACAAGGAUUGUCAUACGCCGUCUUCGGAGCGGUUUGUCGGAAGCGUCUAGUAAAUCCCACCGAUCACCCUUACGAUGCGCAACCUAGCGUAACGCGUUAAUUGCAAAGAACUGCAUGAGUCAGCUGCAUACACACAAACACACGGCACCUUACUCACUCGAUGGGAAAGUGCACACGGAAUUAAAACCCCCCCGCCUCGGUCGGUUUAGUUUUCCCCCCGCCCGUUGAGUUUGCAUCGAUUUGCAUCGGGAGUGUGUGUCCGGAAAAUUUUCCUUCCUAAUUUUUCUUCUUCCCGCACGUGAAAAGCAUUAUCAUGUCGAAGCUGUACCUACUUCCAAUCAGUGUGUUUUUGCUGUUCAAUUUCACCUUCAUCGGCACGUACAUUGCUGCCGUACUGCAGGGCCAUGUUGUACCGACCGUACCGUACAUUAGCGAUGCGGCUACCUACUCACCCGAAAGCUGCGUCUUUGGACAGUUCAUCAAUAUGGGAUGUGUGCUGCUCGGCAUCACAAUUUACGUGCGGUACCGACAGAUACAGGAACUCUCCUACCGCCACAGUGACGUCCGGCAGGCACUGGGCCGGUGCAGUGACGUCGCGUUCUGGAUCGGGAUCGGUUCCUGUCUCGGGAUCAGCAUCGUCGGCAACUUUCAGGAAACGAACGUACGCAUCGUACACUACGUCGGUGCGUUUCUAAGCUUCGGGCUCGGUACGGUGUACUUCUGGAUACAGUCGUACAUCUCCUACUACAUCCAACCGUACAUGGGCUCGAUGCAGAAAGCGAACCUCCGGAUGGCACUGUCGGUGGUGUGUACCAUCUUCUUCAUGAUCGUCGCCGUGACGGGCGUCAUCUCGCACAUCCUGUUCCGUGGUACCGAUCCACGCAAAUGGUACCCGUCGGACGGAGGCUGGGAGUAUCACGUCGCCAGCUCGAUCUCGGAAUGGAUAGUGGCGACCGCGUUCUGCUUCUACGUGCUCACCUUUACGGACGAGUUCCGUACGAUGCAGUUUGACCAUCCGCCGCUCAUACUGCUUGAAAUCGAUUCAUCGCGAACGUACGAACCGGUGAUUAGCGAUACACCGGUAGCCGUUAUCUCGUGAUUUGAAUCGCUACACGACGGCGGCCACAAUGGCAACGGGCAAUCCACUAUGCGAGCAUCAACACACAGUCUUAACCGAACCACCGCACCCGAUCAGAAUGAUAAAGCUGAUGAUGAUGAUGAUGAUGAUGGUUACCAACACCACCGACGACAGGUACGCUCCUUCAGUGAUACUGAUCUCAAGCUACUGUGCCGGCGCUGUUCCGAGCCAGUAGCGUCAGGCGGAAGGAGACGCUCGCCGGCGGCAAAACGUCAGGAAACCGUGCUCCGCCCUCCGGGUACGAUGACGACCACCACUACCACAGCCAGCAUCAUCGUGCGUCAUGAGCGGACGGCCGGGCGCAGCGUCCCGAACGCGUCCAGUACCGGCGGGAAGCUUGGUUCGCUGACGCUGCCACUGAUGCUAGUUGCACUGAUGGAAGCUUUACACUCUCUUACCCUCUACUUUAGUGACAGUUUGCGUCAGAGCUACAUUUGAACUUUGUUUCCUUUUCUCGCACACCUUUCUUUCCUACUUUUUGUUUGUCUUUGAUAUUGUAAAUCGCCAGCAUCCUGGCACUAACUUUUGUUAUAGGUGUAAAGUUUUGGUAUUUGAAAUAAUCAUACCGCUCGGACGGUUGGUAAUGUUUGGAGAGACGGUUGAAAUCGAGAAUUUCGCUGAAUAGAAACUGUGAACUGUGGUAUAGUAACUAAUAGGUUAUGAAAUUAUGCUCUACUUAUGAAAUAAAAACGGUAUUCCCCGGUAUUGGAAAAAAGGAAGAAGA